AUGGAAGUAAUUUGUGUUGUGGUAGCAAUAUACAAUGGUUUAUCAGAUUCAGUUUGGAGUAUUUCAUCGACAUUAAUUAAUUUAGCAACAAUUAUACUUUAUGCAAUACUGAGUCGUGUUAUGGUGAAAGCUAAAACAUCAACUAAAAAUUUCGAACUUUUGCAAACAUUAAAGAUUGUUGUGGCAUUUAUUGGACUGGGACAGCUAGCAUCAACGAUUAUUUAUUUGUCAACAAUGUUUUUUGAUUUUUCCGAAAUGACAGCAUUUUACAUAGGAUCUAUCAUUAUGAAAAGUGUUUUUUGCAGUACAGAAUACCGGAAUGAAUUUAAAAAGCAACUCAGGAAAUUUCCAUGCUUAAAGAAUACAGUAAAAUUGACACCAAAAUCAACAAUAAGGCGAGUGACGACAAUUCAUCGAUAG